AUGGAACUCACGAUCUUUUACGCCAUUGCAGCGGCAUGCUUACUGACAGCACUUUUUCUCAUUCGCAUAGCCCCUUCCUGUCAGAACCUACUCAGAAUUUCGUCAUUUCUCAUAACGAAACAUUUAACAUAUCCAUACUUGUGGAGUCACCAUAGGCUAGUUGCUCCUUGCACUCGAGCCGAUGCCUUGACAUACAUCACGUAUGUUGUAACAAAUGUGUUCCUUAUUGCCUUCAACACCUCAUCAACAACAAUGGCUAGAGACCGCGCUGGAACCCUUUCAGUGAUCAACAUGAGUUUCUUGUUCUUGGCACACCAUCUGGGAUUUCUUGCAAAUGCCAUAGGUGUCUCUUUGAUGACGUGCAAGCGCAUUCACCGAGCUGUGGGCUGGAUGACUGGCAUUCUCCUCGUUUUACAUAUCAUAAUGGCGAUGGCAGCUGAUCGGAAGAGCUGGAAUUUUCGUGAGAAGCCCAACAUCUUCGCAUUAAUUAGUUCUGUGAUUAUGGCCGCAAUUCUACUGUUAUCCUUCCCUUUCGUUCGCCGUUUCCUCUACGAGUCAUUCCUUCGAGUACAUCAAGUCCUGGCCACAGCUUGCAUAUAUUUUGUGUGGCGGCAUCUGCCAUCCAGUACUCUGCUGCCUCGGUUGUAUGUUUAUAUUCCGCUUGGUAUGAUGCUGCUUGCAUUUUUGGUCGAGCUUUUCCCAUUUAUCGUUAGGAACGGUGUUUUCCCGCCGCGUCCCUAUUCUCGUGCCUCUAUCAGAUGUGAUCGGGUGCAACAAACACCAACAGAGGGCAAAGAGGAAACGCCGCUUAAAAUAAGGGUUGCACUUACAAGGCCCCUACAUGUCGAGGCAGGCCAAUACAUAAGUCUCUGGAUACCCGCAGCAAGCCUAUUCUCCUGGGCCCAGACACACCCGUUCAUGGUGACAUCUUGGUCGCCAGAAAAGCAGGAUGUACUGGAACUUUUUGUUCAACCUCGAAGAGGUCUCACUGAGACUAUUUACCAUCGUACAGCCCUAGAUGGCUAUACGUCCUUGACAGCAUUUGUGGGCGGACCGUAUGGAGUUCGCAAAUCCGUAGACCAUUACGAAUGCGUCUUGGCAAUCGCAACCGAUUUCGGUAUAGCAGGUGUCAUCUCUUACCUAAAAAAGCUUCUCUACGGGUAUAACACUUGCACAUCACACGUGCGCCGGGUACAUUUCGUGUGGGAGGUCCAAACAUUAGAUAUUGCGGUUGCAGCACAACCACUUCUCAACAGCUUGUUAAGCGAUGAUGUCUUGGAUGAUGGCUAUAUACUUGAAAUGUCUUUUUACGUGGCAUCGAACCAGAUGAUAGAACACGGCAAGCCGUUCGGCCAGCAUCGCCGUGCGACAGUUUUCAAUGGAAAGCCUCGGUAUGAUGAAAUUAUAUCAGAAGAGGCUUCCGGGCGAAACAUAAAACGGCUGGAAAACACACAUGAAGACCGCGGUGAGGUUCUGGUUAUUAGUAAGUCCAUCACCUUGAAUGCCAAACCAAAGGCUAACUUCCUAGCAUCCGCAUCGCAUGAAGUACGAAAUCAUCUGAGAGAAUUAGUUCUUAAACACCUCGAACAAAGAGUCAGGUUACAUGAGACGGAAUUUCAACCUUCGUAA